AUUCAUCACGAGAAGAAAUCCUGCAAAAACCCGGAAACGCUCUUGAAUCGACUGUGGAAGCAUUUUCUUUUAGCAAAACUGAUUAUUGACAGUUUUAUUGGCGUCGACCUCUUGGUAAACAGUCGUUUAGAAGGAUAACAUGGCUGGUCGACUGCCGGCUUGUGUUGUUGACUGCGGGACGGGGUACACAAAGCUUGGCUAUGCGGGAAACACAGAACCACAGUUCAUUAUGCCUUCGUGUAUUGCGAUCAGAGAGUCGGCCAAGGUCGGAGACCAGGCUCAGCGCAGGGUGAUGAGGGGUAUUGAUGAUCUCGAUUUCUUUAUUGGAGAUGAAGCCAUCGACAAACCAUCAUAUGCAACAAAGUGGCCCAUCCGCCACGGGAUAGUGGAGGACUGGGACCUGAUGGAACGCUUCAUGGAGCAGGUCAUCUUCAAGUAUCUGCGGGCAGAACCUGAAGAUCAUUAUUUCCUCCUGACAGAACCGCCGCUGAACACUCCAGAAAACCGAGAGUACACAGCUGAGAUCAUGUUCGAGUCCUUCAACGUCCCAGGUCUCUAUAUCGCUGUUCAGGCCGUCCUGGCGCUAGCUGCCUCAUGGACUUCCAGACAGGUGGGAGAGCGGACGCUGACUGGCACUGUGAUUGACAGCGGCGAUGGAGUCACACACGUCAUACCAGUGGCUGAAGGCUACGUCAUCGGCAGCUGCAUAAAGCACAUCCCCAUCGCUGGCAGAGACAUCACAUACUUCAUCCAGCAGCUGCUGAGGGAGCGGGAGGUGGGGAUUCCUCCCGAGCAGUCGCUGGAGACGGCCAAAGCAGUCAAGGAGCGCUUUAGCUACGUCUGUCCCGAUCUUGUAAAGGAGUUUAACAAGUACGACACAGACGGCUCCAAGUGGAUCAAACAAUAUACGGGGGUCAACGCCAUCACCAAGAAGGAGUUCAACAUCGAUGUUGGUUACGAGCGCUUCCUGGGACCUGAGAUCUUCUUCCACCCGGAGUUUGCAAAUCCCGACUUCACCCAGCCAAUCUCCGAGGUGGUGGACGAAGUUAUUCAGAACUGCCCCAUCGAUGUCAGGCGUCCUCUCUACAAGAACAUUGUGUUGUCUGGAGGUUCCACCAUGUUCAGAGACUUUGGCCGACGCCUGCAGAGGGACCUGAAACGGACUGUGGACGCGCGACUGAAGAGUAGUGAGGAGCUGAGCGGUGGCAAACUGAAGCCCAAACCAAUUGAUGUCCAGGUGAUCACUCAUCACAUGCAGAGGUACGCCGUCUGGUUUGGAGGAUCGAUGUUGGCCUCUACUCCGGAAUUUUACCAAGUCUGCCACACCAAGAAGGACUAUGAGGAGAUCGGGCCGAGCAUCUGCCGCCACAACCCCGUGUUCGGCAUCAUGUCUUAGACGAGUAUGUGGAGCGGACGCAGAGGAAACCGAACAAUCGCCGCAUGACCUCACACACUGUGGUAGUCGGAGCCUUUGCACAGAAGCUCUGACCGACCCGUCGCCCCCAGAGCGGCAGCGGUCCAAACUAACUGCCAGAAGAGCGGCAGCAUCCUCGCCAAUUCCAGGAAAGAAGUGAUGAAGCCCAAAGCAUCCUCAAAUCAAAUGUUUACUGCAAGUAGGUUGAUGGUUGGAGGUGAAGUGUCUCAUUCUGCUCGCCUGGUUUCUGUACUUGUGUCCUCACAGGGUUGUAACUUAAUUAAUCAAAAUGACUGGUGUAGAAACGCACUUCUGCGUGUGGGAAUUUGGUUUUGGCUUCUUGCUGUAUGUUCUGUAAUCGAAAUAAUGACGUGUUGAAGCAGGAUAAUUAUCCACAAUUAUCAGUAAUUAGAAGUUUUUAAGUCAAAUAGGGGAAACAAUCAAACAGUUGUACACGACAUUCUAUUCUUUGAUUUCUCUAUUUUAUCUUUAAUAUAUUCCGGGUUCCACUGGUUGGAUGCAGCCAUGUUUCCUUUUGUUGUGGUGACUAACUGUUGGUGUUUUUCUUUUGCCUUUUGUGUGAUUCAUCUCAGUUUUGUAAAAAGUUGAUUUAAUAUGAACGUGCAGUUUGAGUGACUUGUCGGACCAUCACUGUUGCCUGGAUCUCAGUUAAACUGGAUAGCCUUGUACUGUAACUGUACCAAAUCUGGAUUUCAAUGCUGGCAUUCCAAUAAAUGCCAAGGAGCUAUUUCUACA